UAGGUCCGACUUGCGGCUGCACUGCAACUGCAACACCUCAUUGCGCAUACGCCGCCGCCCUCUCAAGACGAAUCAAGUGGCUUCCCACCUACAUCUAACCUACACUUCCACCACCGACUUGUCCCAGUCCUUCCCCUCUGGUCUCUUGGAGGUGUAGCAUAUGUUCCAGACCAUCUGAUAGAACACAACAACCAGCAAUAUGGCGGAACCACCCAUUGUUCUCGAUGGGGGUACCGGUUUCCUCAAGGUCGGCUAUGCCGCUCAAAACUUCCCCGAACAUCAAUUUCCCUCCAUAGUUGGCCGACCUAUACUACGUUCCGAGGAAAGAGCAGGCGACAUUGUGGUAAAAGACAUCAUGUGCGGUGACGAAGCUGCCGCAGCAAGAUCCAUGCUGCAAAUAACUUAUCCCAUGGAGAAUGGAAUCGUCAAGAGGUGGGACGACAUGCAGCACCUCUGGGAUUUUACUUUCAAUGAGAAGCUCCGCGUCGACACCACAGGCCGCAAGAUUCUCCUCACCGAACCACCUAUGAACCCUCUCAAGAAUCGUGAACAGAUGUGCCAAGUCAUGUUUGAGAGGUACAACUUUGGCGGAGUGUACGUGGCCAUCCAAGCCGUGUUGGCGUUAUACGCCCAAGGUCUGAGUUCCGGUGUCGUGGUCGACUCCGGCGACGGUGUCACCCACAUCGUGCCCGUCUACGAAUCCACCGUCCUCAACCACCUGACACGCCGUCUCGACGUCGCCGGCCGCGACGUCACCCGCAACCUGAUCGCACUGUUACUGCGGAGAGGGUACGCCCUAAACCGAACAGCCGAUUUCGAGACGGUGCGCCAAAUCAAAGAAAAGCUAUGCUAUGUAUCGUACGACCUGGGUCUAGAUCAGCGCUUGUCCGAAGACACAACCGUGCUUGUCGAGUCAUACACACUCCCCGACGGCCGUGUAAUUCGAGUCGGCAGCGAACGCUUCGAGGCCCCCGAAUGCCUCUUCCAGCCCCACCUCGUGGAUGUCGAGCAACCGGGUAUCGCCGAAUUCUUGUUCAAUACCAUCCAAGCAGCCGACGUCGAUGUCCGCUCCUCUCUAUACAAAGCUAUCGUCCUCUCCGGCGGAAGCAGCAUGUACCCUGGUUUGCCAUCGCGGCUGGAGAAGGAGCUGAAACAGCUCUGGCUCACUCGCGUCUUGGGUGGCAACCCGGAACGCCUCAACAAAUUUAAGGUGCGCAUAGAAGAUCCUCCGCGAAGGCGGCAUAUGGUCUUCCUGGGCGGAGCGGUCUUGGCGAAUAUUAUGGCCGACAAGGAAAACAUGUGGGUUUCCAAGCAGGAAUGGGAAGAGCAGGGAGCGAGAGCGCUGGAGAAGUUGGGUCCGCGGUCGUGAUCUCGUCAACGCCAAAACGAGUGUGCCCUUC